CGAUGCCACUUUCCCCGUCUCAUCAGAAACCCCCCACUCCAAAAGAUCUUUCUUUGACCUUCUCCUCGCUCUUUGGUGCCAUUGCUGGCUCUCGUCGGUGAUCUCCGGCGAGCCCUCGACCGUGCCUCCCGCUUUGGACGCCGUCCGGGUGUGUCCGACGGGCCGGGGCGGCGGUGGAGCUGCGCCUGGGGGAAACUGCUGAGAUUUGGAGAAUGGGCCACGGCGAAGGGCGCUGGAGGUGGAGAUCCGAUCUGUGGUAGACUAAAGAUCUGAUCUUCCGUCGUUUCAGCUUGGUUUUCACGGGUUUUUAGGAGGGCUGGAAGGUGGAACCGGGCGACAUGGAAAUCAAGUUGCGACUGGGGUUACUUGCGGCGCUGCUUUUGGCGCUAGCAGCGGCUGCGGCGGAGGCGACGACGACAGAGAGGCGGCGGCGGCACGCGUACGCGGCGAUGAUGUACAUGGGGACACCCAGGGACUACGAGUUCUACGUGGCGACGAGGGUGAUGAUGAGGUCCCUCGCGAGGCUCCACGUCGAGGCCGAUCUCGUUGUCAUCGCCUCCGUCGACGUCCCCGUCCGAUGGGCCCAAACCUUGCAAGAGGAGGAUGGGGUGAAGGUGAUUAGAGUUGAGAACUUGAAGAACCCGUAUGAAAAUCAACAAAACUUCAACACCAGAUUCAAGUUGACAUUGAACAAACUUUAUGCAUGGAGUCUAAUUUCGUAUGAUCGAGUUGUUAUGCUCGACUCCGAUAACAUUUUCCUCCAACGUACCGAUGAGCUUUUCCAAUGCGGCCAAUUUUGUGCUGUUUUCAUCAACCCAUGCAUCUUUCAUACUGGACUUUUCGUUCUUCAGCCUUCAAUGGAUGUUUUCAAGAACAUGCUUCAUGAGCUAGAAACUGGACAUGAGAACCCAGAUGGUGCAGAUCAAGGCUUCCUGGCAAGCUAUUUUCCUGACUUGCUUGAUCGUCCAAUGUUCCAUCCACCUACCAAUGGUACCAAGCUUUAUGGUACCUAUCGCCUUCCUUUGGGAUACCAGAUGGAUGCUUCAUAUUACUAUCUAAAGCUCCGGUGGAGCAUACCAUGUGGACCAAAUAGUGUGAUCACAUUCCCAAGUGCCCCAUGGUUAAAACCUUGGUACUGGUGGUCUUGGCCUGUUUUACCAUUGGGCCUUUCAUGGCAUGAACGACGUCGAAAGAAUCUCGGGUAUGGUUCAGAGCUACCAAUAUUGCUGAUCCAAGCAGUGAUGUAUAUUGGAAUCAUAGCAGUUACCCGGUUGGCACGACCAAGCUUGUCAAAGCUGUGUUAUAAUCGGCGUCCAGAGAAGAUCAUCGCAAUAUUGCAUAGCACGCUCAAGGUAGCAGCAUUGUGGUCCAUAUUCGCUGCAUACACGGUACCUUUUUUCCUCAUCCCACGUACAGUGCAUCCACUCUUAGGUUGGCCCAUUUAUGUGCUCGGAGUUGCUUCUCUUUCUUCAAUCGUUAUCAAUGUCUUCCUUCUGCCACCUCUACCGGUCCUCACAGUGUUACUGGGAAUCUUGGGUUCACUGUUUGUGAUGGCAUUCCCUUGGUAUUCUGAUGGUGUUAUUAGGGCUUUGGUGGUGUUUGCUUAUGCCUUCAGCUGUGCUCCGAUCGCAUGGGCGUCUUUGAUGAAAGUGAUAGGCUCCUUGCAGAACCUACUUGAGAGGGAGGCCUUCUUUCCAAGACUGGGAGAGUCCCCACAACUGUCUGAGUUCAACAAACUGUAUUAAUCUGCACAUACCACUGGCUUCAAUGGAGAUGAUUAGAUUAGCUAAUCCUAUUGAUAUCGAUUUUGCGGUUCACUUGUAUCACUGUGUGUGACAAUAUAAUGGAUGUAUUCUAAUACCAUAUAGAAGACAAUUGAUAAGUUGACCUAGGGUUCCUGCAGUGUCCAGGGAGAUGUACACUUGCCAUGUACUCUUAAUCGUUUGCCUCCUGAAUGUUACUUCAAUUUGCAAAA